AGGGGGCGCCCGGGUAGGUGAAGCGCGGCGCCGGGCGGCAGCGCUCAGUUAAGGCGGCGAGCCGCACGGAGUAGCCUUCCUCUCUCUCAGCUUCCCUCCUGCGCUGCCAGUCAUGUCCCUGAGAAGCAGCCUGUCGCGUCUCCUCCGGACGCGAGUGCAUUCCAUCCUGAAGAAGUCCGUUCACUCGGUGGCUGUGAUCGGAGCCCCGUUUUCACAGGGACAGAAAAGAAAAGGAGUGGAAUAUGGUCCUGCUGCCGUGAGAGAGGCUGGCUUGAUGAAAAGACUGUCCAAUUUGGGCUGCCGCCUAAAAGAUUUUGGAGAUUUGAGUUUUACUCCAGUCCCUAAAGAUGAUCUCUACAACAACCUGAUAGUGAAUCCUCGCUCAGUGGGCCUUGCCAACCAGGAACUGGCUGAGGUGGUUAGUAGAGCCGUGUCAAGUGGCUACAGCUGUGUCACUGUGGGAGGAGACCACAGCCUGGCAAUCGGUACCAUUAGUGGCCACGCCCGGCACUGCCCAGAUCUUUGUGUGAUCUGGGUUGAUGCCCACGCUGACAUCAAUACACCCCUCACCACUUCAUCUGGAAAUCUCCAUGGACAGCCAGUUUCAUUUCUUCUCAGAGAACUACAGGACAAGGUACCACAACUCCCAGGAUUUUCCUGGAUCAAACCUUGUAUCUCUUCCCCAAGUAUUGUGUAUAUUGGUCUAAGAGACGUGGACCCUCCUGAACAUUUUAUUUUAAAGAAUUAUGAUAUCCAGUAUUUUUCCAUGAGAGACAUAGAUCGACUUGGUAUUCAGAAGGUCAUGGAACAGACAUUUGAUCUGCUAAUUGGCAAAAGACAAAGGCCAAUCCAUCUGAGUUUUGAUAUUGAUGCCUUUGACCCUACCCUGGCUCCAGCCACAGGAACCCCUGUUGUUGGAGGACUGACCUACCGAGAAGGCAUGUACAUUACUGAGGAAAUACACAAUACAGGGUUGUUGUCAGCACUGGAUCUUGUUGAAGUCAAUCCUCAGUUGGCGGCUUCAGAGGAAGAGGCCAAGGCUACAGCUAGCCUGGCAGUGGAUGUGAUUGCUUCAAGUUUUGGUCAGACAAGAGAGGGAGGGCACAUUGUCUAUGACCAACUUCCUACUCCCAGUUCACCAGAUGAAUCAGAAAGGGAAGAACGCGUGAGAAUUUAGGAAAUUUUGUGUGCUGACAUGUUUGUCAGGAAAGACAUUCCAGAAUUAUGAGGCAUUUGAGGAGAUAUACUAAAUGGUCACCUGGGUCAAUACUGCCUUAAUGAGAACAUUUGCGCAUUCUUACAACUGUAAAGUUUCCUUUCCCCCUCCAUUUCGGUGACCAA